CGAUGCAAAAUAACAAACAUUUGACUUAACUCGCUCAAAAGUGAUACCAAAGGUGCAUGUUAUCUAAUUCGUUCGUUGGGUCAGUUUGAGUGCUCCAGAAUGCGUCCCCCAAGCCAGUACAACCAGGAAAUCGCCACGGAGGCCGACAACGAAGAGCCCGACCCCAGGUUGGUGUCGAUGAUGAUCUGCACGAGGUUGGCAGGAAGGGCUGUGAUAAGGGUUGUUGGACGGUGCAACGAGGCGAAAGAGAACGAAAAUCUCGAUCUCUCGAACUGUCAGUUGAUGCAAGUGCCAGAUGCGGUGUACCACCUCAUGAGGCACACCGAAUUAAAAACCUGUGAUCUAAGUGACAAUGUGAUUACCAAGAUACCUCCAAAGUUCGCAGCCAAAUUCAACCUCAUAACAGAUCUUAACUUAUCACACAAUCAAAUGGCUAAGUUGCCUGACGAAUGUGCGGAGAUGGGCAACCUGGAAAGGCUGGAUAUAUCACACAACACAUUCAUUUCCUUACCAAAUUGUAUAUUUAAGAUACCAAAACUUCGAUUUUUAAAUGCCAGUAAUAAUCACAUAGUUGAUGUAGAAAUAGAGUGUCUAAAUGAAGCUCCAUCGUUAGAAACAGCAGAUUUUACCAAUAAUCCUCUAGCACCUAGAAUUCACGACCAGUUGUCCAAUAUAACCAAAAUUAGGAUAUCAUUAUCUCUGAGAGAGAAAGAGGACUGGGAAGAUCUCACUAUAUAAGUUUAACUCCUCCUAACUGCCAUUUUACAAAGAAUCGAAAUAAUUAAAAAUAAUUUGUUUCCUGUUUUAAGUUGGGACACUAUGUGCAAUAUAAAGUGAUAUAUUUAUAAAUAGAGAAAUUUUUGCUGUAAGUCUGUUAAGAAGCGUUUCUCUAAAAAUCAUUUUGUAUUAAAAAAAAACUAAUUGAAAUUGAUAUUUUCAAAUGGGGAAGAAACGUUUUAUACAACAGACUGUAAUUUAUUUGUAUAUAACUGAAGAAUAAUGUAUUAGUAAAAUAUGACCUAUGUAUCAUGUUAUCGUAGCCCACAGGGCAGAAUGAAUAUUUGAAGAUUUUGAUACAAUUUUGUACUUUACCAAAAAUAUGAAAAAAAUACUCGUGCCAAAUUUUCCUGUUGGUACCUUUCCUUCAAUUUUGUGAUACAUAUGGGCAUUUUAACUUAUCGACGAGCUAUUUUUAAUUAUUUUCAAGUAUGGUAGCUCAUCCUAUGGGUGCUGAUAGAAGACCUAUAGAUUUUCUAGUGAAUUAAAUAAAAGUAUUUGUAUUUUUAUAAGCUGGUAUAAUAUACCUAAACGUAAGUAACUUUUCAUAAAAUUACUAAUUUACUGGUACUUAUUUUCAAGUACUCAAUUGUGUGACAAUUUUUUUGUACUGACUUCAAUGUAUUAUAAGUGUUGUUGUAUUAUUGUUCAUAAUUGUAUUUGAAUUUUGUAUGCAUUUGACAUUGAAUGGCCACCAUCUAGUCAUAUUGUGAUAGGGAUGCAUAAUGUCCUUCUUUGGUGUCUGGAUGUUCCACAGAAAAAAUGUCAAAUAAAAAAAAUAAUAACAA